GAGACGACAGAGGCUCAGGCUGUACAAUACUGUUCCGUAGCGAAAGCAUCCCUCUCUAUCGCUCAGUUACAGUGACAGUGUCUCAGCACCAGGGUCCGGGAAAAGCUCUGGGACUUGAGUGAGGAGCCGAAGUCAUUCCCGUACGAGGAGCCUAUAUAAUUCCCUGCUGUUUGAAACUGAACGCCUCACCUGGAUAAAACCGUCUUCAUACGGAAAGGAAAAGAAUAACUGAGUCGGGCGCCAGCACAGUUGGCUGAAGGAAGCUAGAAGAAUAUGAUUCUCAAGCAACAUUUUCUCUUUGCCCUUUAUAGCGUCUGUGGGAUCAUUCUAAAAGCGGCUGCAACAAAAAACAAAGUGAGAGGUAGCCAGGGUCAGUUCCCUAUCACUCAGAAUGUGACAGUGUCAGAGGGAGGGACAGCCAACAUGACCUGCCGCGUGGACCACAAUGACAACACCUCCCUCCAGUGGUCAAACCCGGCACAGCAGACCCUCUUCUUUGGGGACAAGAAAGCCCUGAGGGACAACCGGAUCGAGCUGGUGAGGGCAUCGUGGCAGGAGCUGACCAUCAGCAUCAGUGAGGUCACUCUCUCAGACGAGGGACAGUACACCUGCUCUCUCUUCACCAUGCCCGUCAAGACGGCCAAGGCCUUCCUCACUGUGCUGGGAGUUCCAGAGAAACCUCAGAUCGCUGGAUUCACAAAGCCAGCCAUGGAAGGUGAUGAAAUUACACUGACCUGCGUAACCUCUGGGAGCAAGCCUGCUGCUGACAUUCGAUGGUUCAGAAAUGAGAAGGAGAUCCAAGGUGCCAAGGAGGUGAAUGCCAGUGGAAAGACGUUCACGGUACGAAGCACCCUGCAGCUCCAGGUGGACCGCAACGAUGACGGGGUGGCUUACACCUGCAGGGUGGACCAUGUGUCCCUGACCCCCUCGUCCCACCAGGUCACUGAGGUCCUGGAGGUUCACUAUGCCCCACGUGUGGAAAUCACACACUCGCUGACAUUCCCACAGGAAGGGCAGUACUUGAAACUAGAGUGUGUGUCCAAAGGAAAUCCACUACCCGACCCAGUGCUAUGGACGAAAGAUGGCGGGGAGUUGCCUGAUAUUGACCGUAUGAUUGUGGAGGGCAGGGAACUGACCAUCACGUCCCUGAACAAGACGGACAAUGGCACAUACCGCUGUGAGGCCAGCAACCACCUUGGUACCAGCAGUGCUGAAUACAUCCUCUUCGUAUAUGAUGUCCUCCCCUCAAUGCCUCCAUCUUCAACAUCCCCCUCUCCACCCACUUCUCCAGUCAUGAUCGUUCUCUCAGACACCCACGCCACCAAACCUGCAGCCACUGGCAUUCUCCGAGAUCCCAAUGCUCUGGAACAGACUGGACCUGACCAUGCUGUAAUUGGGGGAGUAGUCGCUGUAGUUGUUUUCAUCACCUUGUGUUUGAUCAUUGUACUUGGACGAUAUCUGGCUAGGCAUAAAGGGACCUACUUAACGAAUGAGGCCAAAGGAGCAGAGGACGCCCCUGAUGCAGACACAGCCAUCAUCAACGCCGAAGGAAACCAGGCACAUGCAGAGGAAAAAAAAGAGUACUUCAUUUAAAACCCCGGCUCUCUUUUUAGCCUUUCAAAAAUGUUUUACAUAGAAACUGGUUGGCAGCAGAAGCUCAUUUCCUAUUCAAGUCGUCACAAUGUUGGCCUGCUCCUUUAUCCUCUCCCCUUUUCUUUUCCUUCAUUUUUCUUCCCUCUCGAAAGUUCAUUUUUGUUUUAAUCAAGGCCAAUUUGUACCACCAACUAGCAGCUGAAGAUGUUGCCUCUUUCUAUUCACAUUGUGUAGUAAAGGAAAACCUCUAGAGCCAUUUAGAGCCUAACCACUCACCCUGGCAUCCCAUUCUUUUGACAUGUCUUCACAGUGCCUAAAUAUA